AUGGAGUCAGACAGGAAUAACGACACUGAUCCGGAACAACACUCUCUUGCUCCAUCGUUAAAGGCCACGGCCGCGACGCAGGAGAAAACCGCAGACAGCGAUUCACACCACGCUUCUCCAAACAUAGACCACUGGUGGGGAUGGGAUAUACUUGGGCUCGGCCUGGCACUUGCAGUCCUGAUCGCCAUCAUCGUCAUCCUGCGCCUGUAUGAUGGCAAACAACAACCCAGCUGGAGGUGGAUUUCGCUUAACACUCUACUUUCAUGGCUGAGUACGGUUGGAAAGGGCUGCCUUGCAUUCCCUCUUAGCGCUAGCCUUUCGCAGCUCAAGUGGGUCUGGUUUGCGCAGCGAAAGCGCCCGUUGUCAGACCUAAGAGUAUUUGAUAAUGCUAGUAGAGGCAUCACUGGGAGUGCAGAGCUGCUGUGGGCGUUGAGGAUGCGGUAA